AAAAUGGCGUACGAUCGCCGGCUCCAUAAUCGCACUAUCAAGGCAGCCUGAUCUCCUGUCUCCCGCUUAUCGCCUCGAAGCCCCGAUCCGAGCACGCGGUCUAUAAAUUGCAAAUGCUCUCCGGCGGCAGUUCCAGUUCUGUUUCGAACCCUUAAGUGUUCAACUCCGAGUGCUAAAGACAACAUAUAUCGCUGAUUUUCGAGCAAAUUCGAGAAAUAAAACGACCGGCAUUGAAUGCCUCCCAAUCUAUAGUGCAACAAAAACCCCCCAAUUAAUUGGCUUAACUCAUUGUAAAUCCAAAAAAAAAAAAAAAAAACAAAUUCUGGGACAUAUUUCAAUCUGCGCGAAAUAUUCCCCUUACACCCAUUUCUCCCGGACUUUGAGUUUUGUUUUUGAAUGCUGCUGCAGCUGAGCGAAAAAAACACCAACCUCGAUCAGCAUUUCGCAAAGUGCUGGAACCAAAACUCAUUGAGAAACUUUGACUUGUUUGCCUUUCUGAGUGUCAUUACCCUAAGUGUUGCUAAGAUGGCCGCCAUUCCACAAGGUGCAUUCGCCGCUUGCAAGAUCCGCGAGCAAUUCAACGAACGCGAGUUGAUCGUCGCCCGUCUGAGGUCCGCCGCUUCCGAUAAGGGUUCCGUUGACAACGGCAACGUGCUAACCCAGCGCGAGUAUUCGCCGAACAAGUACAACGACAAGCUGAUGAACUCCAUCUGGGGAUUGUACAAUCGCUACUCCCCCCACAAUGUGAAGAAGAACGAGUACGCUCCCACCAAGUGAAGACCAAAAGGGGGCACCUCAGAUCCCUGAAAGCCCAUCUGCAGUGCCCCAACAUGGCCAGCAUUCCUUUUAGGAUGUUGGCCCCAUACACUUGUGUAUAUACUCAAAAAAUUAUUAUACCACACCAUGUAAUCUCAACAUAAAUUCUUGUAAUGCGUUCGCUACAAAUGUGUAUUUAGUUGUACAUCUCAAUAAAUGUUUAAAACAAAAA